GAAUAAAACACACACACAGUGGGUUAAUAAAUCCAUAUCAUUUCUUUCCACAGUGCUUACAUAGCUAUUUAGCGAUCUUGCUUUAGAUCUUCUUCAGACCUGAGGCAAGAUCACUUCAUAGUUAUUAAGCGACCUCCGCCGUCCGCUAACUACCACCACCACCUUCGCCACCAUGGCGAUGAUAAAAAAAGAUGUCUCCUUCAAAUUACUCCGAUCUGCUGUCCACCGUGUUAAUGCCGCUUCACCUUCAAGAUGCCAUCAAGCUCAAAGAGCUACAACCAACGCCACCACCACCAUCGUUUCACAAGCCCCACAACAUGUUACCGCCGCUGUCGCCGGAAAAGAUGGUGACAACAUAUUCAACUUUGACGACACGAAAACUUUGUUUGCCUCGGUUCCAACAGGGAAACUGUUGCAUUCUGCGGCGACGUUGAACGUCGCGGCGGUGGAACCCAUGGUGGAUUUGAGUCUCUGGGUUAUGAAUUCAAAGUUGAUGGAUUUUCCAUUGUUUAAAAAAGUUGUGAUGGGGACGAUUAAGUAUACGGCGUAUGAUCAUUUCGUGGCCGGCGGCGAUACGGUUGAAACCGGUAAGACUGUUCGGAGGUUGUGGAAUUCCGGUGUGAGAGGAAUGUUGGAUUAUGGGGUUGAACAUGCGGUUGAUAACGAAUCUUGUGAUAAAGCUGCUCAACACUUGAUCAAAACCGCUGAAUCCACCCAGUCUCUUCCUCCUUCGUCUGUUGGAUUUGUGGCUGUGAAGGUUACAGCACUCUGCCCAGUGUAUCUGCUCAAGAGAUUGAGCGAUCUUCUUCGAUGGGAACACAAGAACUCAUCUUUCAAGCUUCCAUGGAAGCAACAAACUUUACCGAUAUUCUCUGAAACAAGCCCCUUCUACCACACAUUACAACAACCAGCACCAUUGAAUGGUGAAGAAGAAGAUGACCUCGAAUUAGCCCAAAAACGAUUAAUGAGGGUUUGUGAGAAAGCUUUUGAAGGGAACGUUCGCAUUGUAAUCGACGCUGAAGACACUGCAAUUCAGCCUGCAAUUGAUUACUUAACAUACUGGGCUGCGAUUAAAUACAACGAACCACAACGACCGAUGGUUUAUGGCACCAUUCAAGCUUUCAUGAAGGACGCCGGCGAGAGGAUAACGAUGACGAAAAUCGCCGCCGAUAAAAUGAACUUGCCUGCCGGAUUUAAGAUUGUUCGUGGAGCAUACAUGUCGAGUGAAAGAGAGUUGGCUAACUCGUUGGGUGUUGAGUCUCCGAUUCAUGACACCAUUGAAAACACACACGAAUGUUACAAUCGUUGUGCUGCGUUUAUGCUUGAUCAGAUUUCAAAGCGUCCCGGAGGACUCAUUCUCGCCACCCAUAAUCUCAAUUCAGCAAGUUUAGCUGCAAAAAAGGCUCGUGAAUAUGCGAUCGGAAAAGACAGCGGGAAGCUUGAGUUUGCUUCGUUGUAUGGAAUGGCGGAUGCGAUGACUUUUGCGUUGAGGAACGCCGGAUUCCCUGUGAGCAAGUAUUUGCCGUUCGGACCUGUUGAUCAAAUCAUGCCGUAUCUUCUCCGGCGAGCGGAGGAGAACAAAGGGAUGUUGUCUUCCUCGGCUCUUGACAGACAACUGAUGAUGAAGGAAUUGAAGAGGAGGAUGAAAGCUUAUUUCACCGAAAAAGAGACCCAAUACAAAGCUCGCGCAAACUCCAUGGCUAACUGAAGAAGAAUUCGGAUGUUCUUGGAUUGAUGAAGCCUCUUUUGGCUAUAACAACUCACAAAUGUAACUAAGACUGUAUAGUUGAAAAAAAUGUGUAGAGGGUGAAUUUAUUUUAUUUGUUUGCAAUUUCUGUUUGAUGUAUAUUUACAUUUAUUUUGUAUUUGGAGA